AUGAAUCUCACCGACAUUUCGUACUUCACUGGCGUGUGCACCAUGACUGCCGAGUCCCAGCAGUCGCCCACCGAAGCCUCCUCCGCCUCGGAGCCCCUGGAGAGCUCUGCGGAUCUGUCAUUGGAGUCCCCGGAGAAAGACGAAGCAGUGAUGGUCAAAUCGGAGCCGAGAGGCGGCACGCCGGUCGCGGACAGGGAUGAGGAGGAGGCUGGGGAUAUCGAGGGACAGAUGCCGACUUCUGGAGGGCGAAGGCGGAAGCGUCCGAUCCAGCGUGGUAAGCCCCCAUACAGUUACAUAGCUCUGAUCGCUAUGGCCAUCGCCAACUCGCCAGAAAGGAAGCUGACCCUCGGAGGGAUUUAUAAGUUUAUAAUGGAUCGUUUCCCAUUCUACAGGGAAAACUCGAAAAAGUGGCAAAAUUCCAUCAGGCACAACCUCACGCUCAAUGAUUGUUUUGUCAAGAUCCCCCGUGAACCUGGACGCCCUGGGAAAGGCAACUAUUGGACUCUAGACCCGGCAGCUGAGGACAUGUUCGACAACGGGAGCUUUUUGCGUCGGAGAAAACGCUUCAAACGAUCAGACAUCACCACGUACCCAGGCUACAUGCAGAACUCCAGUGCCUUCACCCCGACUCCAGUUGGGAGACCAACCUACCCCAAUGCACUCUACCCCAGCGUGGGAUCGGCCUACAGCCCUCAAGCCCACGGCAGCAACCACCACCCGGCCAUGCUGCAUCACUAUCAGAGCUCGGCAGUCACUCAGGCCCAGCACAGGAUGUUCAGCAUUGACAAUCUCAUCAGCCAGCAGUCCGUUUUGCAGGCCUCGUCUGCGAUCGACUUAAACUCGCACUUAACCGGAGAACUGGGGCCAAUGGUCAGUUGUUCCAUUGGCGGGGCGGAUGUGUCGAGUUUCCAGUCACAGUCUACAAGCCCCACUGGGAUGGGAGCCGGGUUAAACAGGUCUUCUAACAGCAUGACUUCUAAUGCAACCUAUUCGUAUUCCACAUCCCCUCCUCAUCUAUCUAUGCCCCAAGCCAACUACUCUCCCAAUAAUACCCAGAUGUACUGCCCCUCGAAUCGUCUUGCCAUACCGUCCAUGAGACCCAACUCAUGCAACGAUCACACUGACCAGCUUUUGGGUUUACCCAACCAUCAGAUGAACGGAUUUGCACAGUUCAAUGGCAAUAAUUCGUACAUGCGACAAACAAACUAUGCGCCCGGUCUUGACAGAUUCAUGUAGACGGCGUUUUAAAGGAGAAAAGCAGCAGAACCAUGUUACUGCUGUACUACAAAGCAAUCAAGGUUAGCUCUUUUACAUAUUUAUAUUAAGCAACACCGCCAAAGCUCAUAUUCCCCCACUCUUAUGUAAAUAUAUGUACAAUUAUGUAUUUUAAUACACUUCUGCAUUUCUAGUUAUCGUUGUAAGAAUGUAAGUUUCAAUUCAAUUUGUAUUUUGUCUAUGAACGGAAGAGAGUCCUCUACGACAAACAGCAGGCUCUCGUUUAAAAUGAUCAAUAUUUCCCUCUGCCUCGGAGUUGAAACGAGGCAGGUUAACCGUGCACCUUGCGGUACAUUUGUAUUUCGGGGGAAAGUGUAAAUCGUGUAAUUUGUACCAUAGUUGCUUUAGAUGGAAAA